UUUUCUCAUUCACUAAGCUCACAAUUUUUGUUAUGGCUUCCACAAUAACCAAACCUGCUAAACAACUUGGAGAGCUUCUACAACAACAACAAGAGCCUUUUGUCCUUGACCUUUACUUGGUUGAUAGAGGGUAUCUGAAAAAAGGCUUGAAUUUGAACUCAGAAGCCGGUUUUGGAUGCUGCAAUGGCAAUUCAAACAAGGUCUCGAAAAAGGGUAUUCCUAGAUGUUCAAGAAUAUUGAGAGCUUUAGUUAACAAGUUUACUCACAGCACUAAAUCGAGGAACACUAAGAGUUGUGGGGGAAAAUUUAGUGACAAUAAUGGCCAAGUAGUAGCUGAACCAGAUUGGUUUUCUUCAGCUAGUAGUACUACGGUGUUUAAUUUGUGCUCCGAGAGUGAUAAAGCUAGAUCACCGACCAAUUCAUUGCGUGAAAAUCAUGAGUCAGUUGUUGCAGCAAACACUUUGGAAGCUUUGAGAUUCAGCUAUGUAACAGAGAAAGAGGUUUAUGUAGGUGGAGAGUUUCAAUGUCAAUUCACGGCAAACAAUAAACAGCACAGCCCCCUUUCAGUACUAGAACAACUACCUUCAUCCCAACUCAAAGUUCGAACAAGGCAAAAUCAAGAGGAUAUUGAAAUGACUUGUACGGUCAUUCUGCCCAACAAAUUGGUCAGUACUGAAGAUUUAAGUUCAAUGUUUUCAGCUUCUCUCUGUGAAUUACAUUUUCACUCUGAUUCACAAAAGCCAAUCAGAAAUGGUAUUGGAGUUACUGAUGAUAUUCCAAUAUUGGAGCUCAUCAAGUCUAAUAAUACUUCAUCAAAGUUUCUGAAAUCCAAGAGAAUGCUACAACAAACAAGGCAGCUUUUGUUUGACUGUGUGAGAGAAAUUGUGGAAAGCCAAGUAAAGAAGGAAAAAGUGAAAACGUGUGAAGGACUUUUGGGGCCUGAGGAGCUUGGGAAUCUUGUUUGGGAGAAAAUGAAGGCGUGGGGUAAACAAGUUGGAGAUGAGACCAAUAACAUAACUUAUUUGUUGGGUUUGGACUUCUUCGAUUCUGCUCAAGAAUGGUUUGGUUUUGACCAAGAAAAGGGGGAAAUUUGUUCAGAGAUUGGAGAUUCCCUUGCAGAAGAGAUUGUGAAUGACUUUGUUAUUGAAUUAAGCAACUGAGAUUUUUUGGCACCAAUCACUUGUUGAGCAAGGGACUUGUAACAUAGUACUUUUUUUUUCCUACU